CAUUCCCAGCAAAGAUGAUGGCAUUAGGAAAUCGUCUGUUAAGGAGAUUCUGCUGUGUUAUAAUAAAACUGUCAUCUACGCGAUCUGGCGCUCGUCAAGGGCGGAGCGGGGGCUGUCCGGCGAGUGGGGUCUGCAGGAAGGGCCUGCCCUGCACACACGCGGGCGCUGCCCCUAACCCCACCCCGUUCUUAGAUCGCACCGUUGCACCUUUUUCUUUCUUCCUUAGGAGCCCUGAGUUCCAGCUUCCUUGUUGCAAUGCUAGGACAUUUUUAGCUGUUGGGGACUCUCUGCCUUUCCCUGGCAGGGCGACUGUGUGCCACGGUUACAAAAUGGUCGAGGUAAAGGCAAAACCAUGGCCGGGUGACCGAGUGCACUGAAUGUAGCCAGCCACCCACCUGGCAGACACUGUGGUGGAUUUGCUUGUAAACAAGAUGUCAGGCGAGGCCCUGCUGAGAGCCGGACAGCACUUCAGCCCUGUCAGACCUCCGCUAGGACUCUACUUCUCUAGGGAUGCUUACUGGGAGAAACUGUAUGUGGACCAGCCAGCUGGCAUGCCCCUGCUCUAUGUCCAUGCCCUGCGGGACGUCCCCGAGGAGGUGCCCAGCUUCCGCCUGGGUCAGCAUCUCUACGGCAUCGCCUACCGUGCGAGGCUGCAUGAGAACGACUGGAUCCGCAUCGAGGAGGACACAGGCCUUCUCUACCUUAACCGGAGCCUAGAUCGCAGCGCCUGGGAGAAGCUCAGCAUCCAAAAUGGCGGCUUCCCUGUGCUCACCAUCUACCUCCAGGUCUUCCUGUUGUCUACGUCCCUGCGUGAGGGCGAGUGCCAGUGGCCAGGCUGUGCCCGGGUGUACUUCUCCUUCAUCAACACUUCCUUCCCGGCUUGUGGUUCCCUCAAACCCCGGGAGCUCUGCUUUCCCGAAACAAGCGUCUCCUUCCGCAUCAGAGAGAACAGGCCUCCUGGCACCUUCCACCAAUUCCGGCUGCUGCCUGUGCAGUUCCUGUGCCCCAACAUCAGUGUGUCCUACAGGCUCCUAGAAGGUGAGAAUCUGCCCUUCCGUUGCGCCCCGGACAGCCUGGAGGUGAGCACACGCUGGGCCCUGGACCGCGAGCUGCGGGAGAAGUAUGAGCUGGUGGCCGCGUGCACGGUGCGCGUCGGCGCGCGCAAAGAGGAGGUGGUGAUGGUGCCCUUCCCCGUGACCGUGUAUGAUGAGGACGACUCGGCGCCCACCUUCCUCGGGGGCUUCGACACCGCCAGCGCUGUGGUGGAGUUCAAGAGGAAGGAGGGCACUGUGGUGGCCACGAUACGUGUCUUCGAUGCAGAUGUGGUGCCAGCAUCUGGGGAGCUGCUGAGGCGAUACACAAGCACACUACUCCCUGGGGAUGCCUGGGCCCUCCAGACUUUCCGUGUCGAGCACUCACCCAACGAGACCUUGACCCAGGCCAACGGCAGCUUUGUGCGGGCAACUGUGCAUGACUACAGGCUGGUUCUCAACCGGAGCCUCCCCAUCUCGGAGUGCCGCUCGCUGCAGCUGGCCGUGCUGGUCAAUGACUCGGACUUCCAGGGCCCGGGGGAGGGCGUCCUCCGCCUCCACUUCAACGUGAGCGUGCUGCCCGUCAGCCUGCACUUACCCAGCGCCUACUCCUUCACUGUGAGCAGGCGAGCCCGCCGCUUUGCCCAGAUUGGGAAAGUCUGUGUGGACAACUGCCAGGAGUUCAGCGGCAUCCACGUGCAGUACAAGCUGCAGCUGUCCAGCACCAACUGCAGUGUCCUGGGGGUGGUCACCUCAGCCGAGGACACCACGGGGACCCUGUUCGUGAAUGACACGGAAGCCCUGCAGCGGCUCGAUUGUUCUCAACUCCAGUACACGGUGGUGGCCACCAACCGGCCAACCCGCAGGCAGACCCAGGCCCCGCUGGUCGUCACCGUGGAGGGGACGUAUGUGGCUGAGGAGCCAGGCUGCCCCCUGUCCUGUGCAGUCAGCAAGAGGCGGCCUGAGUGUGAGGAGUGCGGCGGCCUGGGCUCUCUGACGGGCAGGUGCGAGUGGAGACAGGGAGAUGGCAAAGGGAUCACCAGGAACUUCUCCACCUGCUCCCCCAGCAUCAAGACCUGCCCCGAUGGCCACUGUGAUGCUGUGGAGAGCAGAAAUGUCAACAUCUGCCCCCAGGACUGCCUCCGGGGCGGCAGCAUCAUUGGUGGGCACGAGCCAGGGGACCGCUGGGGGAUAAAAGCUGGCUUCGGUAUCUGCAACUGUUUCCCUGAAGAGAAGAAGUGCUUCUGUGAGCCUGAAGACAGCCAGGACCCGCUGUGCGAUGAGCUCUGCCGCACAGUGAUCGCGGCGGCCGUGCUCUUCUCCUUCAUCGUCUCCAUGCUGCUCUCCACCUUCUGCAUUCACCGCUACCACAAGAAUGCCCACAAGCCGCCCGUCGCCUCCGCCGAGAUGACUUUCCGCCGGCCGGCCCAGGCCUUCCCAGUCAGCUACUCCUCGUCGGGCGCCCGCCGGCCCUCCUUGGACUCCAUGGAGAACCAGGUUUCUGUGGACGCCUUCAAGAUCCCGGAGGAUCCGAAGUGGGAAUUCCCUCGGAAGAACUUGGUUCUUGGAAAAACUCUGGGAGAAGGCGAAUUUGGAAAAGUGGUUAAGGCAACAGCCUUCCGGCUUAAAGGCAAAGCAGGAUACACGACCGUGGCCGUGAAGAUGCUGAAAGAGAACGCCUCCCCAAGCGAGCUGCGGGACCUGCUGUCAGAGUUCAACCUCCUGAAGCAGGUCAACCACCCGCACGUCAUCAAGCUGUACGGGGCCUGCAGCCAGGAUGGGCCACUCUUCCUCAUUGUGGAGUAUGCCAAGUACGGCUCCCUGCGGGGCUUCCUCCGAGAGAGCCGCAAGGCGGGGCCGGGCUACGUGGGCAGUGGAGGCAGCCGCAGCUCCAGCUACCUGGACAACCCCGAGGAGCGGGCCCUGACCAUGGGCGACCUAAUCUCCUUCGCCUGGCAGAUCUCUCGGGGGAUGCGGUACCUGGCGGAGAUGAAGCUUGUCCAUCGGGACUUGGCCGCCAGAAACGUCCUGGUAGCCGAGGGGCGGAAGAUGAAGAUUUCGGACUUUGGCCUAUCCCGAGAUGUUUAUGAAGAGGAUUCCUACGUGAAGAGGAGCAAGGGUCGGAUUCCAGUCAAAUGGAUGGCAAUUGAGUCUCUUUUCGAUCAUAUCUACACCACCCAAAGUGAUGUGUGGUCCUUCGGUGUCCUGCUGUGGGAGAUUGUGACUCUGGGGGGCAACCCCUACCCCGGGAUUCCUCCGGAGCGGCUCUUCAACCUUCUGAAGACAGGCUACCGGAUGGAGAGGCCCGACAACUGCAGUGAGGAGAUGUACGGUCUAAUGCUGCAGUGUUGGAAGCAGGAACCAGACAAGAGGCCAGUGUUUGCUGACAUCAGCAAAGACCUGGAGAAGAUGAUGGUUAAGAACAGAGACUACUUGGACCUGGCCGCGUCCACCCCAUCUGACUCCCUGCUUUAUGACGACGGCCUCUCGGAGGAGGAGACGCCCCUGGUGGACUGUAAUAAUGCUCCCCUCCCUCGAGCCCUCCCCUCCACGUGGAUUGAAAACAAACUCUAUGGCAUGUCAGACCCGAACUGGCCUGAAGAGAGUCCUGUACCACUCACGAGAGCUGAUGGCACUAACACUGUGUGUCCAAGAUAUGCAAAUGAUAGUGUAUAUGCUAACUGGAUGGUUUCACCCUCAGCGGCACAAUUAACGGACGCAUUUGAUAGUUAACAUUUCUUUGUGAAAGGUAACGGACUCCCGAGGGGAAGAAACAUGCCGAGAACGGAAAGUGUGCCGGCCCCUCCUUUGUGCACUUGACACUUGGCUGGUGAUUUUCCCUCCUGGCAGACGUAGCCACUGGACCAGAGUUGCAAGUCCAGCCCUUAGUUAGUCCUUCCUCUUCGGCCCUCGGCAGCACCCUGUGUUGGUCCUUGUUCACCGGCGACAACCACACGUUCUGUGCUCACACACGUGGGUGCCUCACUCACUACCUGAGCUGUUUGAUUUUUCUGGUUGCCGCCAAACAGGGCAACAAGAUUUAAACAUGAAGCACACACACCAGAAGGGCAACAGAAAAAGAAAAAAAAAAAACUGGCCCAAACGACAUGUCCUGGCUCAGAACAAGAGCCCAGCAGGGCCUUAGAGUGGGGUCUAAAGCCCCGCCAGGGCUGGGGGGGGAUGAGGGGACCUCAGGACAGGCCUCCCCUCAGCAUUUGAGAUCCUGAGAACGGUUUUUUAGAAUCAUGGCACCUUUUCUUAGGAAGACAUUUGAUUUUUACCAUGAUUUAAAUGACUCUUAAAUGUAGCACAAUGGAGAGAUUGGCUGCCAUAUUUGCGAUGUAGAGGGGCAGUGUGAGGGGAGAGGGCUCACCAGACACUUUGGUCCCCAUCACUGAGUGAUCACAGGCCCCUGACAAGAACAGUGUGAAGGAAAGGGGCGUUUGAGUGGAGUGGCCUCCGGUCCAAGGAUUGCUGACAGCAGACUUGGUUGCUGUGAAUCCCACUGCUGCCAGCCUUCAGCGCACCGCACGUCCAGGGCCCCAAAAGCAGUGGCUCAUCUCACCCAGGAGGAGUGGGUGGGGUUAGUGCUCGGUUUAAAAGGGACAAUUCAGCCAGUUAUAUUAGAAGUAACGCUCACAAUGACCGAGGACUGCUGUACCUCUGAUUACAGUUCUGAUGUGGAAAAGACAAUGUUUUGGCUCUCAUAGAGCUUGUGUGAAAAGGUACGUGUAUCCACUCUUUUCUAUGUUUGUAACGUGAUGCUGCUCUAGGAGGACAUUUUUGUUUACUAGAUUCUGACCAUGACUCAUAAGCUUCUUGUCAUUCUUCACUGCUUGUUUGUGGUCACGGACACUCAGCACUCCUCCCAUCUUGUGGGGGUGGCUUUUGGGAAGUCCCCAGCAGCUCUUCUUUCUGUAACUUUGCCGGAGAGAGUCAGUUACCAACACCCUGCCUGGUCUUCAGACUUAAAGCAUGGUGAGGGACUGACAGUGUCUCGUCCAAAUACUGUAUCUUAUAGGCAUUUCACAAAAGCAGUAAAAUUAGGGCAUUUUUGUAGCUUGGAUGAGUAUGCAUCAGAGCCUCACGGGGUGUGUGUAUAUGUGUGUGCGCACAAACCCGGAGAGAGAGCUGGAGAAACACUUACUAGAGCGGUAACGUGGCUUUAGUUGAGGCCGUUUUUCAGACACACUGUGGUAAGUUCUUUUAGAAAUACCUAGUUGUGGUCAACUUUUGGUUUUCAGAUGUGCUUAAUGAUAGUCUUAUUAAAUGCAGAAAAAAAGAAUAAACUCUCUCAACUUGUUAAAAAAAAUACCUACUCAAUAAGUGCGAGCUGCCACCAUAGGUUUGUUAUUGGCAGGGUGAGAAUUCCAGGUCUAACUGGCUGACCCAGUGAUGGGGAAUUAACCCUUGACCAGUUAUCUAAUUGUCUAAUCCUGAGUUUUAAAAGCACUCUCACUUACUAGUCCUAUUGGACAAUUUUCGUAUGCAUAUACACCGAAGUUACUAGGUAUUAAGUAUUACUGAGUAUUAAGUAGCAAUCUGUCCGUUAUUAAAAUUUGUAAAAUCUAUUUAUGAAAGGUUAUUAAACCAUACCAUGUGAAUUUGCUUUUGUAAUCAAGGUGACUAAGGAAAUAAUUUCAGUUAUGUAAAUAAAAUCAUGUAUCAUAAAAUGUGUAAACUUCUUUUCUCUUUUUAACUUCCUCGCUGGAAACAUCAGGUCUCUAAUUUUGAAGUUUCCAUGUAAGGAUUGAACUAUCACAAGGACAUCUGUUGUGGUCACCACUGAGGAAGUAACAAUGCUCAAAGAACUAGGAGGCACUUGGCGAUACCUUUGACUCGUCUUGCACAAUAUGUGUGUGAAUAGGUACAUUUAGGGUAACUGUUAAAACUCUUCUAAUUCUACCCUUCAGGGAAUUCCUUCCUUUAUGUUUCCUUCCCAAAAUAGAGCAGCAGUUAUGUCAAGUUCGGGUCUUUUCGGUUCUCCAGCAAAUGUGGUUUAUUUCUUGAAGCCAGAGUUGGACAGGUGUAUGAGAGAGGAUGUAAAAUGCAUAGUCAUGACCGUAGGCCCAUUACGGUCAGAGGAAACGUUUUGAACCACUAUGAAGGUUAAAAGACUAAGUGCUUCUGUGUAUGUCCUGUUGGGUUAGGCAGGCAUUCUCUGAACUCCUCCGUGAAUGCCUGGCAGGGAGCAGGUGGGCCAGUUGACAAACACAAGUCGUUACCAACAUAAAUCUGACUUAUGGUUGUGUCGUGCAAUAGAUGCUUAGGGCCCAUGUUGUUUUCCCACGGGCAUAUGUACACACGUGCACACACACACACACACACACACACACGAGCUGCUCCUGGCCCUCAGCACCCAUUUCUGCUCUUGGUGUCCUCCUUCAAUCUGGAUCAUAGGAACUGGAAGUAAAUGUAAUUUCUAGGGUGAACUAUUUGUUACAUUCUUUUCCUCUGAAUGUUUAGAAACCCAUGCUGAGAAAAGCCCCUUUUUCAAGAGCAUUGAACUUCCAUCAGGAGUGUUUGUGUGUUUGGUUUAUUUGUCUUAAAAAGCACAUUUCUCCACCAACUCCCACAAAGGAUGCUUUCCCACCAUAAGGCCUGCUUACUUUAAGGGUGGAAAUUUAGUUGAAGAUAAUGUCUGAGAACGGGGCUUGGACAAAUACUUCAUAUAUAAAAGAAAAUUCAAAGGAAAAGCAUAAGCUUCCCCAGUAUAAAUAAAGCAUUUUUCCCCCAGUUAAUGGUUUCCUCUCCUCCUUUGAGCAUAUUCACAUGCAGCAUAUUUAGCAGGUGGCAUUUAGGGUCGUUCUAGAAGGUGCCUAAGAAAUCCUUACCUCCGUGGCCCCGGAAAGACCUAGCCUUGGUCUGAAGGCCAGUGCAGCAGUCAGGGGGCUUCCUCAUCCCUUCGGCAUCAAGAUAUGUGCGGAGCUUAUCCGCUGCUCUUGCCCUCAUACGAACAGAAAACACCCCUCUCCACUGAGGCCACCUGCUCUGUUCUCAUCUCUCCUCCACAGGCAGCAGGCUUGAUGACCUUGUUAGAACUGUAGGGAUUCACAGGAAGGAUUCUUAGCUGACAUCAUGAAAAAUCAGAACCUCUGUGUAGAGCAUUUUUCAACGUGGAACCCCUCUCCACGUCUGCAGCCAAGGCCCCAUGGGUGGCAGUGUGGCGGCAGGGAGAAUACGCUUCAUGCCCAGGGUUAAGGGGCACACGCUCUCAGGGCCCAGAAGAAGUCACGGUCAAUCUUUGCCACUCAGGUUUUGAGGGCUGUGUUAAGCGAUGAGAUAUUUUUGCAGAUGUUUAUAGGAUGUGGUAAAUCACAGGACCUGGCCAACCAACAUCUCUCAACGGGAGCCCGGGCCCAGAGUGAUGACACGGAGGCCAUCGACAGGAAUGUGGUGACCACAGGAACAUCAGUGUCACAGGGAACUGGGCCAGGCAGCGUGGAAGGAGUCUCAGCCCGAGACCACCCCAAGCACUGCGAUGUCAGGAGUUCUGUAGUCCACACCAGGAGGCACCAUAAUCCUGCAUCCUUUCAGAGGACAAUGAGCAAUUCAAGUUCAAAGUUAGCAUGAGCAAGCUAGGUAAGUACAUUCCAAAACUAAAAAAACACAAGAACAAAAAAAAUUUUUUUGAGAAGGAAAUCAUUUUGAUAUUUCAUACACAGACAAUAUU